AUGGUGGCAGUGAAAACCAAACGUCAACUUCGCACCAAAUCUAACGUAUCACUCGCCUGUUUAGCUACAACUGACCUCAUUGUUGGAGUUGUUGUUCAACCUUUGCAAAUCGUUCGCCAUAGCUUUAUGCUCAAAGGUGAGACUGGCAUGUGCGGCGGGAGACACAAGAUAACCGUGGCUAUUAACACAAAGUGUAUCAUAGCGUCGCUUAAUCAUUUCGUUGUAUUGAGUGCGGAGCAUUAUCUCGCUAUAAAACACCCUUUCGCAUACGAAAACCUUGUUACUGAAGUUCGUAUCAUCGUAUCCUCUGCUCUGGCGUGGGCUGUCGCGAUCAUCCCUCCGAUGGAAGACUUCUGGCCAGCGAACAUACAAUAUGUGGCAAAAGUUGCAGUUCUUUUUAUGCAGUUUAUCUUUCUUGCGUUAGUCUUUUAUUUUAACGUUUCUGUAUACAGGGAGGUCCGCUGCAACGAAAAGCAAAUUAUUGCUAAACAAGUUUCUGUAGAAGAGAAGGAGAAGUUACUCAAGAAUAAGAAAGCUUUUUGCUGCACAAUUAUUGUAAUGCUCACAAUUUUCCUGUGCUAUUUCUCGGUGAUUAUCAGUGCUGUCAUUAUUAUAUCGGUUUUGGAAGACAGCAUCCCUAUUAAUGUAAAACAUAUCAUCUUUAAUCUUCUUUCUUUAUUGCCCGUACUGAACUCGUUGUUUAAUCCACUGAUUUACGCUGUUAGAAUAAGAUAUUUCCGCGUAGCUUUCAUUCAGUUGUUGUCGAGGAAAACUAUUGGACAAGCCGAGAAGCUUGAAAGGAACAUAUUUGGACCAAAAAAAGCUGGAGAUGUAGUCGAACACGGAGAAAGCAGAUUUAGCCGAGGUGAAUUGCGACAACUUGGAAAAUGA